GCUGUUUCCAGGAAGUGAAGUCAGUAGCGCAGCACAAGCCAGGGCCUCCCUCAUUCCUUAUUGAAUUAUUCAUCUGUCCACAUUAUUCACUAUUGAACAAUAAUGGGCGACGACGAGGAGAAGUAUGACGGAAUGCUGCUUGUUAUGGCACAGCAGCACGAAGGGGGAAUACACGAGUUAGUAAAUACAUUUUUCAGUUUCCUGCGGCGCAAGACAGAUUUUUUCACCGGUGGUGAUGAAGGUGCCGCAGAGAAGCUUGUGAAGGACGCUUUCGCCCACCACAGUAAGCUGGCGAGGGAGGCCCACAGACAGAAGCAGGAGAAGGAAAAGAAGGAGAAAGACAAACGCGCCGCCCAGCUAGCCGAUGUGGAAGAACGCAAGAGGAAGAGUCAGGACGCACCCAGGAUUCAGGAGCUCACCGACGAGGAAGCUGAGAAACUUCAGACGGAACUGGACGAGAAGGAGAAAGAUGACGAGACGAAGGAGAAGGAAACCACGAAGGUGGACAAACCAGCAGAUGAUGUAGACAAAGAUAAGGAGUCCGAUACCGAGGAAGAGGAUGAGAAGGACAAAGACAAACUGAAGCCAAACGCGGGAAACGGCGCGGACCUGCCCAGCUACAAGUGGACUCAGACGCUGUCCGAAUUGGAUCUGACGGUGCCGUUCGACGUGAAGUUCCGCAUCAAGGGCCGAGACGUGGUGGUGGACAUCCAGCGGCGGUCCCUCAAGGUGGGCCUGAAGGGACACCCGCCCAUCGUGGAGGGGCAGCUCUUCAACGAGGUGAAGGUGGAGGAAAGCUCCUGGCUUCUGGACGACGGCAAGGUGGUGGUCGUCCACUUGGAGAAGAUUAACAAAAUGGAGUGGUGGAGCAGGAUCGUUGACACGGAUCCGGAAUUAAACACCAAGAAGAUCUGCCCAGAGAACUCAAAGCUGUCCGACCUGGACGGUGAAACGCGCGGCAUGGUGGAGAAGAUGAUGUACGACCAGCGGCAGAAGUCCAUGGGCCUGCCCACGUCCGAGGAGCAGAAGAAGCAGGACAUCCUUAAAAAGUUCAUGGCUCAGCAUCCAGAGAUGGACUUCUCCAAAGCCAAAUUCAGCUGAGAGCUCCUGUGUGUGUAUGUGUGUGCGUGUUCACCGUGAUGCCUGGACGCGCCUUAUUUGUUCCUCCCGUUUUCAUUCACGUCCAGGUAUCAUGUAGUAACUCUCAUCUCUGUUGGCUCGCUGUAAAGUGUUGCUUUUUUUUUCUUUUUUUUUUUUUUUUUUUUAUGAAUAAAUCAAAGCAAUGGGGUCAACUAUU